UACGUGAGUAGUGGUCACACGUGUGUGCAUGUGUGGGAAUGUGAAAGCGUCCGACUGACCGUUGACAGACGGACUGUAUGACUUAGCACGCGUUUUUCCCAUCACACCCCAACUGGUUUUCCCUCCUAUUUUCCGCCUAACUAUCACUCGGCGCCGGCACUUUCACCAGUCCGGACGUGCUUAUGAUAAAGAGAUACUUGCAUGGUUGCGAGACCAUUGUCGGACAUCUACUACUUGGGCCUGGGACGCCUGGUAAGUUAUACACGCGUGAAUGGUUUGUACUUUCGUUUCUGUGUACAGUCCGUUUCGUAAAUGUCUGUAUUCGUCGUUGUAUUGUUUCUGUUUUAGGUUUCCUGUACGUCGAAUAAAUUAUAUCAGGAAGAAUCUACGGCUAAUACAGACAUUUACGAAACGGACUGUACACAGAAACGAAAGUACAAACCAUUCACGCGUGUAUAACUUAACAGGCGUAGAUGGGCUUCCGGUCUAUAAAGUGCAGAGGGAAGAUGGUGUUGGUGUCGUGCGAACGCUCCACCGGAACAUGUUGCUGCUAUUUACAGCAAUACCAACGGACCUACAGCAAAGUGAUGCUGGGGACAACCGCAGGGUUUGUCCGAAUAAGGUCAGUAGGGUUAAGACUCGGGUUGAGUCAAGUUCCAGCUCGGAGGAGACCGACGGGUCGAGCACGGACAGUGGACGGUAUGUCAUUCCUCAAAGGAGGACAUCCAAGAGGGUAGUUACCCUUGGGGCCCCUGGACCGGUCAGGAGUUCUACACUGUCACAACCAUUAAGUCCAUCGUUACAUGAGUUAUCUUCCCGUGAUGGUGACCCUGAUAUUGCUCGUCCUUUUCAUCCAAAACGACCUGAAACUGCCUAUAGUCCACAAAAGUGAAAAAAUAUCAACUUUUCUGUACAAUGGAUGUAUCCCCGAACGGGAGGAUCAGAUCGAACACACUUCAAGCUCCCACACUACAGAGAAAGCCCGCCGAUUCUCCAGUAUGUGACGCAAUAGUAAUAGCGAUCUCUACAAAGAUGAAAGAACAUACAGUGUCUCUCUCAUUCUUUACAAACACCAAGAAGAUCGACAUGCUUGUAUCCAUACAGGACCGGAAGUGAUGGAUA